AUGGGAGGAUCAUUAGAGAAGUUGGGCUGGUCUGUGGACUUCGACGUUUUCAUCGAUCAACAAGGACGAGACUGCCUAAUUGUGGCCGAUACUCAGAACGAGCGAUUGAUAUUGUGGCGGGGUGACGAUCCUAUUGGCCAUGACCUGACUGGUCCUAUGCAGACGGCACCUUGCGCAGUCACAGUGGACGACCGCAGACGUUUCGAUGCUGAUGGACGACCUCGGGCUUACUUCGGUAUGUAUGGAAACAUGUCCGUCUGGCAGAUCACCCUAGAUACGGUUGAGCCUUCUGUUGAAGUCGUAACUAACGUCUUUCCAUUGGAUAUCGCUAUUGAUAAGAGAAAUGGGAGACUAUUCGUUGCCGAUGCCGUUAGUGACAGUGUUGUAGAAAUCCAGCGUUUGGAAGAGUGA